UGUAGUGGGGGUGAGAGUGGCUAGCGAGACCAGGAGCUCAGAUCCGGAAACCGGCAGAACCGAACCGGUGAUCGACAUACUACUCUACCGCCUUGCUAAGCUGAGGUGCUGGGAGGUUUUGGACACUAGUAGGUCAUAAGUAGAGCCGUGAGCACGCCUGUAAGAGCUGCCAAGGCCCGGUUGUUUCUCGGUGUUGUCGUUCCCUACCGCUGACCUCGUAUCGCCAUGGGAACGCUGCGGGACCUGCAAAGAGCUCUCCAGGAGAAAAUAGAGGAGCUUCGCGAGAGAGACGAGCUCAUCGACGAACUGGAACUGGAGCUGGAAGAAAAGGACCAGCUCAUCCAGCGUCUACAGAGCGAGCUCGACAAGUACAGAUGCGUCCUCAGACCGGCUACUCAGAAAGUGGGAGGCAGGGCCAAACGGCAGGCCAUCUCUGCAGAGCCGACAUCCUUCUCAGAUAUAUCCACCAAAAAAACAGAGUGCUAUGUCAAAACGUCCACUUCCAAGGACCUGAUAAAGGCGGCCAUCUUGGACAAUGACUUCAUGAAGAACCUUGAGACGUCUCAGAUCCAGGAGAUAGUGGACUGCAUGUACCCGGUGGAGUACAGCAAGGACCAGGUCAUCAUCAAGGAAGGCGAUGUGGGGUCUCUCGUAUAUGUCAUGGAAGAGGGUAAGGUGGAAGUGACCAAGGAGGGAAACAAGCUCAGCACGAUGGGCCCUGGGAAGGUGUUUGGCGAGUUGGCCAUUUUGUACAACUGCACAAGAACUGCUACAGUAAGAGCUCUUACUAAAGCAAAGCUAUGGGCCAUCGACCGACAGUGCUUCCAGGCUAUCAUGAUGAAGACCACGCUUCAAAAGCAGCAGGAGUACAUCGAAUUCCUCACCAGUGUUCCCACCUUCAAAGACCUUCCAGAAGAGACGAUCAGCAAGAUAGCCGAUGUCCUCGAAGAGUGCAUCUAUCACGAGGGAGAAUUCAUCAUUAGGCAAGGAGCAAUAGGGGACACUUUCUUCAUCAUCAAGAAGGGAAUGGUUGAUGUUACAAGGACGGAUCCCGGAAGUUCUUCUCCGAAGUUUAUCCGUUCAUUAAAGAAAGGCGAUUUCUUCGGGGAGAAAGCUCUACAAGGCCCGGAAGCAGUGGAAGAUAUCCGGACAGCCAAUAUCGUUGCAGCGGAUAAGGACAGCGUAGUCUGUCUGGUUAUCGACAGAGACUCCUUCAGCCAGUUGAUAGGAGGACUGGGCCAUGUCUCUAACAAGAAGUAUGAACACGAGGAGGACAAUGUCGCAGUUGACAAUGAGUUUGCAAAUGUCAAAUUGUCAGACACGGAAAUCGUAGCGACGUUAGGAGUGGGCGGAUUUGGCAGAGUUGAACUGGUGCGCGUGAAGGGCUUCAACAACAGGACGUUCGCACUGAAGCAGCUGAAGAAGAAGCACAUUGUGGAAACUCGGCAGCAGGACCAUAUCAUGUCUGAGAAGAAAAUCAUGGGAGAAGCCCGCUCAGACUUCAUCGUCAGAUUGUUCAAGACAUUCAAGGAUUCUAAAUAUCUGUACAUGUUGCUGGAGGUUUGCCUUGGCGGCGAACUGUGGACCAUCCUCAGAGACAGGGGCUCUUUUGACGAUGGUACCACCAGAUUCUACACCGCAUGUGUCCUGGAGGCCUUCACGUACCUCCACCAGCGGGGGAUCAUCUACAGGGACCUCAAGCCGGAAAACCUGCUCCUGGAUUCUAAGGGUUACAUCAAACUGGUUGACUUUGGUUUUGCCAAGAAGAUCGGGUUCGGUAGGAAGACGUGGACGUUCUGCGGCACACCUGAGUACGUAGCGCCUGAGAUCAUCCUAAACAAGGGGCACGACCUGUCCGCCGACUACUGGUCACUCGGCAUCCUCAUGUUCGAGCUGCUCACCGGCAGCCCUCCGUUCUCGGGAUCUGACCCCAUGAAGACCUACAACCUGAUCCUGAAGGGCAUCGACAUCAUGGAGUUCCCGAGGAAGAUUUCACGGAACGCUCACAACCUUAUCAAGAAACUAUGCAAGGACAACCCAAGCGAGAGACUGGGUAACCAGAAGAACGGUAUUAAGGACAUCCAGAAACACAAGUGGUUUGAGGGCUUCAACUGGGAAGGUUUGAGAAGUAAAACUCUGUGUCCACCGAUUGUACAGCCGGUGAAAAAUACUACAGACACCUCCAACUUUGAUGACUACCCAAUAGACGAAGAGGACACACCUGAAGAUUUCACGGGAUGGGACAAGGACUUCUAGGUCUAUCUUUCACCGACGUGGCAAAACACGUCGUGCUGAAUUCAUGAUUUUUUUUCAAGACUGAGGAUGUAGUGAUAUCUCGGGAGAACAUACACGUACAAUGCAGAUUAAUUUUGUAAUACGUCAAUUGAUAUGAAAGUUAAACCCGGGAAAAGGAUUUUUAUUCUGUUGAAUUACGCCCAGCUUUAAGAUAUUUUAUGUAUUACGAUUUGUAAGAUUAUUCUUUUCUUUUUCAAAUUUAUCUUUGACUAACUUAGAAGAAGGUUUAUUUUGAAAGAACAUAACUGUAUGUAGACUUCGUGUAGUAAAGACCACUUGAUAUAUUGUAAAACGGCAGAGAAAUGUAAAAAAAAACAUUGUAAUUGCAUAUUUCAUAGAGUGUCAUUGUGACGCAGGAAGAUUUCUUGAUAUACAAUUUAAUCCACGUAGAAAUAUACGUGGCAUCGUAUGCCUCAUUGAAAGAGGCUUGAUUAUGAGCCUUCUCUGAAACAACUUGUUUGACACAAGUUUAUAAAAGACCAGAUUUAACCAUGUAAAUGUACGUUGUUUGUGGCAAAGGAUGAGUACAAGAUUAUGUGCUAUCUACGAAUAUUUCUCGAAUGCACUUCUAGUUUUACGAAAUGAAAUCAACGUCCAAGAAAAAAAGUUCACCUACAACUGCAAAUUAAAAAGAACACCUUUUGUGUAGAUUGAUAAAAUAAAAAAAUACAACAUUUUCAUCGUUUCUGUGUAGAAUUUAGCCCUGUCAUGAAAUUUGGUAUGUGAUGGAACACUGAACAUCUUGAAUAUUUGAAACGUGCCAAAUACUGUGUGUCAGAUGUAACUUCAGACUUGCCAUGUAUGGAGUAGGUAUAUAUAAGGUGCAGUGUAUGUUUGCUAUGUUUGUAUGUUAUUAUCGUAUGUUACGUAUGCAUUGUACAUUGGUUUAUCUUCAAAGAAUUUAAUGUGAUGAUUUUAACAAUUUAAGAUUUAUACCACCAAAUAUGAUAAUGGGAGAGGUAAUAUGCCGAAGGCAUUUUUCUUAGAAAGGAUAAUUUGUAUUUUCACUUUAAAAAUAUUUUGUUCACCAACUGGGCAAAAUGAGACAGAAUAGCCUUAUCUUUUCAUACGAAAUGUUAUGCUGUCAGAUACAAUGUAGUUUGCUACAACCAACCUUAGUUGCUUUGAACAUAUGUUACUCUGUUGAGAAUAACACACACAUGCGUUUCCAAAUGACUUUAACUACACAAUGUCUGGUUUGGACGAUUGUUUUUGAAAAAAAGUUCUUGUUUACUUACAACACAUUUCAAAUAGGCACGCUUCUCUGUUUUAAAGGAGACUAUUGUGAGGUAUAAUAAUUUUGUAAUGUUUACCCUCGCAGAAUGAAAACAUUUUUGCUCUUUUUCUUCUUCCUCUUCUUCUCCAAACAGAUAAGGGUCAAUGACCUGAGCCAGAUGUCUGCCACCAUGGUAACUAGUGUUGGGUUACAUCAUGUAGCAAUUUUAUAGCAGGAGGGAUUUAGACUCCUGUCACCAUAUACAUGGAUGCGUUUGAUUAAGAAUUAACAGAGUAGACAAUAUGUGAAGGUAAACAUUCUGCAUUUGCUUAUGAGAUGUUACCAUUUUGUUUUAGAUCAGAGUCAAUGGAAAUGACAAAGGGAUAGGGGAAGACAAGCACAGCUCGAGAAUACCUGUUUGUAUGAAAAAUAUGCUCUGCACUUGGCCUGUUGAUAUCACAAGCAGUGUAACUACAUUCUAUGUCACCCAACGUUGUCACUUGGAUGUACUAGUCCUGAUAUAUUGAAAUUGUAUAUUUUGUACAAAAAACUAGAAACGAUAUUAAACAGAGUAUACUGUCUAUCAUUCAUUAUAACUUUCUGCGACAUGGGUUGAGACCAAAAUAUAUAUGUAAACAUAUUCAGGAAGUUAAGUGUGUGCUCACUGUGGAGUUAUGUAAUUAAAUAUGUUUCA